AUGAGCGUAGGCUCCUUCACUACUGCAACUGAUUUCGAAGAUUGGGAUACAAUAGACAUGUGUUUAAAAAUGAUAGAUGACAUAGAACAAAUGCAAGGACUCACGGUUGAGAUCCUAGAAAAGGUUACAGUGCUGGCGCAAGAAAUGAGAAUGGUUGCCAAAGAGUUAGAUCAAAUUGCUUGUGCAAUCCAGAAAGGUGCAAAAUUGAAGAAGGAUGCUCAGUUCCAGCUCUCGCGAUCAAUAAAUUCUAUGCUAGACCGAGAUACUGGACCUCAGCAUCCUUCAACCACAGCACCCAGGAAAGAAUUCUCUACGUCUGUCGAGGAUGAAUAUGAUUGUGGUUUGUCUUCGCAUGAAUACGAUGACGACCUAUUCACAGAAGAUGCUAAACUAAGUACCCAAACGCUACACUCCCUUCACGCCACUGCAAAUGUGGAACAAAGGAAAAACAAAGUUAUUUCACAUAGUCUAAGGAUCUUAGGAAGAGAGAAUGUGGGUGAGUUGAAAACCUCUGAACUUUCCAUGUGUCAGGAAACUGCCGUACAUUCUGUGAUUUUGUUUGUUCCGUUGGUAGCAAAGUACAACUUGUGGAUUACUGUGAACUUGUGGAAAAAGACAGUCAGGAGAACUGAGCUCGAUCGCGUCCAUGCUCGCGAUCUAUACUCCCAACCCUAUCCUUUCUUAGAGAAGCCAGCGCCGUCAAUAUCGUGA